AUGGUGGUGGGAAAUGGCGAAACUUGCUAUUUUUGGUCUAGUAACUGGUCACCAUUUGGAAGCAUCACGGCAUACCUCCGAGGAGAACACUCUCGCAAUACUGGGAUCCCGGCAGCUACUACCUUGGCAGAAUUAUGGGAGCUUGAUACUUGGCAACUACCCCCGGCCAGAUCAGAAGCUCUAGUAAACAUCCAAACCCAUCUCUCCACACUGGCGCUGACGAAUGAAGCUGAUACCUAUCAGUGGUCGCCUCAAGGAAAGCCUGCAAAGUCCUACUCAACAAAAGCAAUAUAUGACCUCUUGCGUGUGAAUAACCAGCGAGUCUCUUGGUGCAAAGAAAUUUGGUUCUCCAAAGGAAUCCCAAGACACAAGUUUUUAUCAUGGCUGUUUGUUUUGAACAGGUGCCCUACUAAAGACAGAAUGGUGGAGUGGGGACUUGAUGUUGAUCCUAUCUGCACCCUCUGCAACUCUGACAUUGAGACCAGGGAUCAUCUGUACUUUUCAUGCCCAUACUCUUGGGAGAUAUGGAACACUUCGGCUGCUCGAGCGGGAUUCUCUACACCAAGAGAGUGGCUUGGAAUCCUAACGGAAUUGGGGAGAUUAAAAACUCCAGAUCAUACUAGAACCCUUGCUCUCUUGGCUUGGCAGGCUUCCAUCUACUGCAUUUGGGCUGAGCGUAAUGGAAGGCUUCAUAGAAGCAGGUUCAGGCUCCCACAGACUGUCAUUAAGGAGAUACAUAACAUAAUCAAGUUGAGGAUUGGUGCUAUUAGACUGGAUGAUCCUGCCCUUGCUUCUCUCCUCUUCCAAGCGUGGAACUCCUGA